AUGGCUUCAGGUAUCCAGACAAGUCCAUCCCCAUCGUUGUGGCAAGCAACCAACGGCCAUGACCAUAACCACAACCACAGCCGUGGAAACGGGUCAUCUCCACCAGAUGAGGACAAGAGCAUGCCGAUUGCCGUCGUGGGAAUGAGUUUCCGCGGGCCGGCCGAUGCGACCAGCGUCCAGAAUCUGUGGAAGAUGAUCUGUGAAGGUCGAGAGGGCUGGAGUGAGAUUCCUAAGGAGAGAUGGAACAAUGAGGCGUUUUAUCAUCCGGAUAAUACGAGACAUGGGACGAUCAAUGUGAAGGGUGGCCAUUUUUUCUCCGAGGACCUAGCACGCUUCGAUGCGCCUUUCUUUAAUAUGACCGGUACAGAAGCAGCGGCUCUGGAUCCGCAGCAACGUUUACUGCUCGAAGGAACCUUUGAGGCAUUCGAGAAUGGCGGAAUCCCUCUUGACCGUGUCAUGGGCAGUAAGACCUCGUGCUUCGUUGGCUCUUUCUGCGGUGACUACACCGACAUGCUUCUGCGCGAUCCAGACACAGUUCCCAUGCAUCAGUGCACGAAUGCCGGCCAGUCUCGCGCAAUCACGGCAAAUCGUGUAUCGUACUUCUUCGACCUCAAGGGUCCCAGUGUAACCGUCGAUACAGCCUGUUCGGGCAGCCUGGUGGCUCUUCAUCUUGCAUGUCAGAGUCUCCGGACUGGGGAUGCGAAAAUGGCUGUUGCAGCGGGUGUUAAUACGAUCCUGAGUCACGAGUUUAUGAGUACCAUGAGCAUGAUGAGAUUCCUCUCCCCCGACGGACGCUGUUAUACCUUUGACGAGCGAGCUAAUGGCUACGCCCGUGGCGAGGGAGUUGGAUGUCUUAUUCUCAAGCCCUUGAGAGAUGCUCUCAACGAUAACGACACAAUCCGCGCCGUCAUCCGUGGAUCCGGGUCCAACCAGGAUGGAAAGACGUCCGGUAUCACUCUUCCGAGUGGUACGGCCCAAGAAGAACUGGCACGAAGUGUCUAUGCUGCUGCCGGCCUUAGUCCCCUGGAGACAGAAUACGUCGAAUGCCAUGGAACCGGUACUCAGGCUGGUGAUCCACAAGAAACCGGGGCUCUUUCGAGAGUAUUCGCAGGCCCGGCUCGCCCACCAGAUCGUCCGCUGCGGAUUGGGUCAAUCAAGACAAAUGUAGGGCAUCUGGAGGGAGCCAGUGGGAUUGCGGGCGUCAUCAAGUCCGUUUUGAUGCUGGAAAACCGCAUGUUUGUGCCAAAUCGAAACUUUGAAAAGCUCAACCCGCGCAUUCCUUUGGAACGGUGGAAGCUAAAGGUGCAAUUGGAUGUUGAGCCCUGGGAGACUCACGGACCGCAUCGUAUCUCCGUCAAUAGCUUCGGAUACGGUGGAAGUAAUGCACAUGUCAUCCUUGAGGAUACGAGGGGAUAUAUCUCUUCUCACCACCUGGAUGCGUUUCACAGGCUUGUACCGCGUGCCUCGAAGUUAUUGCAUCCUAGCAAUGGCAACUUUCCUCUCGAGGUGAACACAAGGGCCAACGGCAAUGGUACUGCCAACGGUAGCACGGCGCUGUCGCAUCAAGCUGCGCGGACCCGAUUAUUCACACUAGCCAGUUUUGAUGAGUCUUCCGGAAAGAUCCAAGCAGAGAGAUUGAAGCAAUACCUGUUGGACCACGCCGACGAAGCAGACGACCAGUUCUUAACCGACCUAGCCUUCACCCUGAAUAACAGAAGAACCGCCUUUAUGUGGAAGGCAGCCAUCCCGGGAAAGUCUGCCACAGACCUCGCAGAUAAUCUGGCAAAGGGGGUGACCUUUUCUCGAUCUACAAAGAAGCCAACUAUGGGGUUUGUCUUCACUGGCCAGGGCGCUCAGUGGUGUGGAAUGGGGAAAGAGUUAUUGGAUUCUUACCCUGUUUUCCGGGAAUCAAUCGACAGGAUAGGCGCAUAUUUGAAGUCACUUGGGGCGCCUUUUGAUGUCAAAGGCAAGUAUUUUCUCUUUUUGGUUUCGUGGGUUGAUUCGAACUCCGGUGGAUAUGCACUAACUUGUUUCGCAGAGGAAAUCACCAGAGACCCAAAAGGCUCUCAAAUAAAUGAAGCACUAUACAGUCAGCCAAUGUGUUCGGCCGUUCAGAUUGCCAUUGUCGACCUGCUUAGCUCCUGGGGCAUUCGACCUGCUUCGGUGACCGGACAUUCAAGUGGUGAAAUCGCCGCUGCAUACACAGCGGGUACCCUAACCAUGGAAGAUGCAAUGGCAGUCGCUUACUACCGUGGUGUUGCAUCAAGCCACAUGCGAAAUAUGUCUCAAGUCAAGGGCUCCAUGAUGGCUGUCGGACUAUCCAAAGAAGAUGCAGAGACCUACCUGGCCUCAGUGAAGACGGGGAGAGCCAUCGUGGCCUGCGUCAACAGCCCAUCCAGCGUCACGAUCUCAGGGGAUGCAACAGCCAUCGACGAGCUAAAGGACAUCCUUGAUGAGAAAAAGUUAUUUGCACGGAAACUCGCUGUGGAGGUCGCAUAUCAUUCUCAUCAUAUGGAGUUUGUUGCGGACGAGUACCGAGCACUUAUCUCCGGAAUCAGCCCAAAGAGUAAUGAUAAUGAACCAGCAGACGAGACGACAGACACAGUCGAGUUCUUUUCCUCCGUCACUGGGGCAAAAGCAGUGCCAUCAGAUUUGGGACCUGAGUACUGGGUUCAGAACAUGUUGGGCCAAGUCAAGUUCUCAGACUCGGUUCGCCGUCUCUGCCUCGAGACAACAGACCCAUCCGUACGUGCAAAGGGUGCGAAUAAGAAAGCCCGCAGGCGAGCUGGCGCAGCGUCCAAGGCCAGCGUGAACCAGAUCGUCGAGAUCGGUCCUCAUUCAGCGUUGGCUGGGCCCAUCCGGCAGAUUCUCAAGGCAGACCAAACCCUCAACUCUGCCUCCAUUGCAUACUCAAGUGCCUUGAUCCGCAAGGCUGAUGCAGUUGUGACAGUGCUCCAACUCGCUGGGACUUUACUCACUGCAGGCUGGCCCGUCGACCUCACUGCAGUAAACUCGCCCGAUGGAGUCACUAAGGAGUACGAGGUGCAAACGCUCGUUGACCUCCCUCCAUAUCCUUGGAAUCACACUAACACAUACUGGGCCGAGCCACGAUUGAGCAAAGUCUAUCGCAAUAGAAAAUUCCCUCGCACAGAUCUGUUGGGCGUCCUUGAUAGCCACUCGAGCGUACUUGAGCCGCGUUGGCGGAAUCAUAUUCGCACCGCCGAGAUUCCUUGGGUCAAGGACCACAAGAUCCAGUCGAAUAUUGUGUAUCCGGCAGCAGGAUAUGUUGUCAUGGCCAUCGAGGCAGCAUGGCAAUGGGCAUCAGAACAUGUCCCCGACAAGACUAUCACCGGGUAUUCAUUGCGCGAAGUCAAUAUCGACGCUGCUCUAGUUCUCAAUGAGCAGACUGCCACUGAAAUCAUGGUCUCCUUGAGACCACACAGAACGAGUGCACGCCGGACAUCUAAGCUAUGGCGGGAAUUCUCUGUUGCAUCGGUGACCGAAGAGAAUAAAUGGACGGAACACGCCAGCGGUCUCAUUCAGGCUCACUACGAUUCUGGCCUGCCCUAUGAUCCGUACACAGAUCCCAGGCAAUUGCAGAAAGCAAUGGUCGAAGCUGACAAGCGGUGCAUGACCGAAGUAAACGCGAAGGAGUUUUACGCCCAUCUAACCGAGUUAGGGCUCGAAUACGGCGACACCUUCGCCAACAUGACUGCAGCUCGUUCUGUGCAGGAUCAAUGCAUUGCAGAGAUUACAAUCCCCGAUACUGCAGCGACCAUGCCAUUGAACUUCGAGUAUCCCUUUAUUAUUCACCCCAGCACGCUGGAUAGUAUGUUCCAUCCCAUCUUCGUGGCGCUCUCUGCAGAGCGAGGGUUGAUUCAGGGCCCGGCCGUCCCGGUUUCCAUCGAAGAGAUGUUCGUAUCGCAAGCGUUGACCUCAAAGCCUGGUCAUAAGCUCGAUGUGUAUGCCUUCACGGAAAAGAAAGACGAUAACAACCUCGCCGCCUCUAUCUUUGCCGUCGACAAGCAGGGUAGUCGGCAGGUGAGUGGGAUUGAGGGCGUUGGCUUGUCCAUUAAAGGGAUGACCUGUAGAGUGCUUCCUCGAGAUACCGGGGAUGGAACAGAGGAUGAGAGACUCCGCGUUGCCUAUAAUAUCAAAUGGAUAGCCGAUCCCGAUCUGCUCACUCCCGCUGAGUUAUACAACCUCUGCGCCACUUCCACUCCGCUACCUGACGAAGAGCUGAAGAAGUUCCAGCUCUACCAUGACUGUGCAUCGGUAUACAUUGCCGAAGCUCUUGCUCCUGGUUCCAUCGAAAACGGCGAUGUAGCGAAUGGCAAGCCUCACCUCCAAAGGCUACGGGCAUUCCUGGAUGCCCAAGACAGCGCAAGAACGACGGUGGAUGCUCAUUCUGCGCAUAGUAAAGCUUUGCUUGUUAGUAACACAAAGGCAUCAGGCCCUGAAGGUGAGCUGGUGGCCGAGAUUGCUCAACAAUUGCCAGCCAUAUGCAGAAAAGAUAUCCAUCCCGAGGCAUUGACGACUGCCUGCAGCCGUCUGCAAGCAUCCUGGAGCGAAACUCACAACCAAACGCGCAAUUACGAGGCUGUAGCCAAGUAUCUCAGUAUUCUCGGUGACAAAGACCCUCAUUUGUCUAUUCUAGAGAUCGAUGCUGGGAGUGGAGAGCUAUCCUCACUUAUGCUCCAGGCCCUCAAUGAAGGCGCCAGUACAUCUGCCCGAUUCAAGCGGUACACCUACACGGACCCUAACGAUGACGUCCUUGAAGCGGCCAGGGAAAAGCUCUCUGAGUGGGCAGGCCUGAUUAAAUUCAAGCAAUUUGAUGUCGAGGGAUCGGAUAUCCAAGAGCAGGGACUGGAGCCGGGGAGCUACGACGUCGUCGUUCUGAGACGUGGUCUCAAUCUCAAUCAUGCCAAGUCGAAGGGCCAAGUGCUUAAGAACGUUCGCAGACUUCUCAGGGACGGGGGAAGGCUCGUGUUUGUUGAUAAGAUCCAUGGGGAUCAGAGCCUUGCCCAAUCUAUGGUUCUCGGUACACUCGUAACCUGGUGGGAAAAGGAGGUAGAAGGUAAACGCUCUAGACAUGCAUUCACGGAAGAAGAGUGGCAUCAUACAUUGCGGAACGGUCAGUUUUCAGGGCUCGAUGUGUGCCUUCACGAUCCGUGGAGAAACGCAGGCUACGUAUCCUCCGUGAUGAUAACAAGGGCUGUAGGAGGAGAGCUCUCCGCAGUGUCUAGCCCGGAGAUACUCCUCAUCGUCGAGGAUGGGGACUGCGGCGUUGCUAUCAAUCUCCUCGUCCAGUACUUGGAAGGGAUUAACAUGACUGUGAAGAUCUCAACACUGGCCCAGGCUGAUCCACUGGGCCGCACCUGUAUCGUCCUCAGUGGCCUCCGCAUGCCCAUCUUCGAAGGACCAGAGGCUCCAUUAUUCGAACUCGUCAAAUCAAUCUUCCUCCGAAGCAAGGGCGUCCUGUGGGUGACCAGAGGAGGGUCAGGCCCAGCUGUCGUUAAUCCCAAUGCCGGCCUCGUUACAGGAUUUGCGCGGGCUGCCCGUGCAGAAACGGACGGAAGUAGCAUUCUGACGCUGGAUUUAGAUGGACAACAGGCCCUAUCCAGUGAACAAGCUGCCGAAACUAUAUUUUCUCUUUUCCGGAAUCGUCUGGCUGGAAGUGCGUCUACGAUCCCGCAGGAUGUGGAGUACAUUGAAAGAGAUGGCGUUCUCCAUAUCCCACGGGUAGUUGAAAACGACGAGGUGAAUGGACGCUUACUCUCAGUCCUCCAACCGGCUUCACCCAUUGACCAGCCUUUUUACGAGCCUAGCCGUAAGCUCCGGGCUGUUAUUGGUACCCCUGGGCAAUUCAGCUCUGUUCAUUUUGUUGACGACACGGCACUGGCGGAAACUCCAGAAGACUACGUGCGAAUCCAGGUCAAAGCAUCCGGGCUCAAUAAGAGGGAUCUUCGUCUGGUAAAGGGUCACGGUCAAGGCCAAUAUGCAUUGGGUGCAGAAUGCAGCGGUGUGGUUCUCGAAGUGGGCAAGUUGGUUGUCGAUUUCUCGCCAGGUGAUAGAGUAUCAUGCUUGGGCUCGGGGACCAUCACGAACUACUACCAGGAUAAGGCGUCUUCCUUCCAGAAGAUACCGGAUGACAUGACAUUUGAGCAAGCAUCUGCCCUUCCUCUGGCAUACUCCACCGCGUAUCACGUUGUGUACAACUUGGCUCGGAUCACUAGGUCAGACAAGGUCUUGAUACACGAUAUUGCUGGAUCCACGGGACAGGCGAUUGUUGAAUUCUGCAAACUGAUCGGAGCAGAUAUAUUUGGAACCGUCGACAACACUUCCCAGAAGGAGUACAUUACCCGGCAUUUCAACAUCCCGGAUAGUCAUCUCUUCAUCCAUCAUAAACGGGACUUUGCCAAAGAGAUCAUGUGGGUAACCAGCAACAGGGGUAUUGAAGUAAUAGUCAACUCCCUUGCAGAGGAUAUAGAAACAUUGAGUCUAUCAUGGAACUGCAUCGCCCCCUAUGGCCGGUUCAUUGAUCUUAAUGCAGGCCACCAGAUGACGGAUAAUAGUCGUCUUGAAAUGGCUAACUUUUCCAAAGACGCCCUAUUUGCCUCUUUUGACCUGUUCAACCUACUGAAGAACAGAAGGCAUCUCGCACACAAAUUAUGGGCUGAUGUUAUGUGUUUGGUUCGCGCAAAAGCUAUUAGGGGUCCUUCCUCUCUCCUAGUUCACAAGUUUUCCGAUAUGCAGACUGCUCUGACUGAGAUGGAAGGAGGGGCAAGCAUUGGUAAAGCGGUUGUUUAUGGUGAGCCUGGAAUUGCUGUCAAGGCUCUCGCCAAAGACAAAAGCAAUGAGCUUCUCAGGCCAGAUGCAUCGUAUCUCCUCGUCGGUGGUCUGGGUGGUAUUGGGCGAGCUACAGCUUCGUGGAUGAUUGAUCACGGUGCCCGGUUCCUCAUCUUUGCGAAUCGAAGCGGACUGUCCAGGGAGGAAUCAAAAGAGACUGUAAGACAACUAGAGGCGAAUGGAGUCAAGGUUGCCGCCUACAGCUGUGAUAUCAGCAAGGAGGACCAUGUCUCCACGAUGAUGGCCAAGGCAGCCCAGGAGAUGCCACCAAUUCGGGGUGUCAUCCAAGCAGCCAUGGUGCUGAGAGAUAAUUUGAUUGAGAAACUGUCAGUGGAGGACUAUUCAGCCGCUGUAUCCCCCAAAUUCCUCGGGACGUGGAAUUUGCACAAUCAUCUACCCAAAGAUAUGGACUUUUUCGUGAUGUUAUCAUCUGUCAGUGGAGUAAUCGGCAAUGCCACACAAGCUGCGUACGCAGCAGGUAAUACCUUCAUGGACGGCUUCGCAGCUUUCCGCAAUCACUUGGGCCUACCUGCCGUCACUUUAGAUCUCGGCGUGAUCGUGGGCGUUGGCUAUCUGUCUGAGAACAAAGAACUUCUUGCAGCCAUGGAAAGACAGGGGUUCGAAGGCACAGAUGAACGUACGCUGAUGGCUCUCAUCCAAACUGCCAUCGCACAACCGCGCCGCGAAGGCGUCCAGGCACAGAUCGUGACGGGUCUGGGAAGGUGGAAGGAAGGCCAGUCGCUUGGAAAUUUCGACCAGUCACUCUUCGCUCAUUUCCGGAGACAGUCUCUCCGAGAUGGUAAGGCAGACGGUGACGAAGGAGAUGCCGCUGAUCGGCUUCAAGAGGGUCUUCGUGCCAGUAAGACGGUGGAUGAGGCGGCAGGUAUCAUCUGUGCGGCGUUGAUUGACAAGAUUGCCUCACGGCUUGGAACCCCCGCUGAGAAUAUCAACUCGUCUAAGGCGCUGUCGGAGUAUGGUGUUGACUCUCUGGUUGCCGUCGAGAUACGCACUUGGAUUGCCAAGGAGAUGGGGAGCACCAUACCGAUUCUCGAGCUGCUGGCGAGUGCUUCGUUCCUGCAGCUGUCGACGAAGAUUGCAACAAGGUCAACAUUGGUGAAGCUAGAAGUAUCUGUUUGA